UGGUGCGCUGUGUCCCUCAGACACAGCGGAUCACCGAUCCACGGAAAGAGCCGAAGAUAUUGGCUCGGUCAUGUGAUCAGCUGUGUCCAAUCUCGGCUGAUCACAUCAGCGCCACCUGUCAGUGUCCAUCAGUGCCAGCUCUCGGUGCUCAUCCAUGCCACCUGCCAGUGCCCAUCAGUGCCACAUUUCAGUGCCCAUCAGUGCCACAUCAAUGCCACAUGUCAGUGCCCAUAUGAGCUGCCUUUCAGUGUCACCCAUCAGUGCCAGUCAGUGCCACCUAUCAAUGCCAGUCAGUGACACCUAUCAGUGCUGCCAAUCAGUGCCAGUCAGUGCUGCCUAUCAGUGCCAGUCAGUGCCGCCUAUCAGUGCCUGUCAGUGCUGCCUAUCAGUGCCGCCUAACAGUGCCAGCCAGUGCCGCCUAUCAGUGCCACCUAUCAGU